AAAUAUAUGCCUCAGGGAAAGAAUAAUUUCCCUUUGGGAUGCACUGUUCUAUUCUUCCUUUCUGUUGCUUUAAUCUUUCUUGAUAGUGCAGUUUAAAUUUAGCUGGCCCUGUGACCAGUCUUCCUUAGGGUGUCAUAUUCACCUUGAAUAUCUGCAUUCUGAUUGGUUUAGCACCUGCUGUUAAACUUAACUACAGUAUGCUUAUCUGUACCUUUGGGACAGUCACUAACGUACCGAAAAGUUUGAAUUGAUUUAUAGCAUAACAAUGCUACAAUCGUGAGAAUGCGCUAAAGUUGGCACAACCGAAGUAAAAGCCACUAAAAAUGAAUGUAAUGUAGAAAAAGAUGGUCAUUUGUAUAGCAUUUAACCUUUACCUAUUAGCAGCACUACCUGGAAUCUAUUGGUCAAUCAGUGGCUGGCAAAAUGUGAUAUUCAGCUGCGGAGCUUGCAAAGUUCAAGCGGCCGGUUAGACAAGUGACUCACAUGACAGGAAAUAGAGAAAAAAAAACUCUUUGACACAACAACACUGAAAACAACCAGAAGUGUGCCAGUUCCCUUUAACUGUCAAGUUGUAGGAACAACAAUUGAUAGAUAUAUUGUAAUGGAUGUAACAUCUACAAAGGUUCAUUCGGAACUGACAGAUGAAAGUCCUGAUCCCUUUUUAUGGGAAAAACUUGAUGAUACCACUUCUAGAAAUUUUAUAACAGAAAAGACUUCCUUGUGCGAUAUUUUCAUAGAAGAAAGUGACAUGGUAAUGGUAUCUGAAAAAUAUGUCUCCCCCAUUUGUGAUUGUGCUGACUACAGCAAAACUGAUGAUGCUAUCUGUGAUUCUUGUGGAUCUUUUCACACUGCACUAUGCUCAGAUUCAACAGAACACUACAGUGACUGUGAUGAAAGCUUUGAUGACACCCGGGAAGACUUCUUGGCUGAACAAACUGAUACUGAAGUCAGUUAUGAAACCAACUUCUCAGAGUCAUCACAUAAAAAUGAGGAGGAUCUGUAUGAAAUUGAACAUGGUAAAGGCAUUGUGGGAAGUCAUACUGUAGCAAAGCCUUGCAGCAGCGUACAAAGGCUCGCCAAGUCUGACUUCUGUGAGUGUGUUGAUUCAAAUUCACAGCAGCUGGAUGCAGAAAAAUGUCUACAAGAAGAAGAAGCCCUGCAGUAUGCAAGUGUGGAUUCAUCUGCUUGCUGUCUGAUUAAUUCUCAGGCUGUCAGCAGACACUGUGUAACUGAUCCAACUCUGAAUGGGGGAGUCCACUGUAAAGGGGAACAGGUUCAGCUGUCACUCACUGCCAAGAAUAGAAAGAUUCUGGAAAGUUGCCUUGCAGAUCAUGCAGCUGGGGAGCUCUCAGGCAAAACAGGCUGUUAUUAUUCUAAGUGCCACAGGAAAGAAGAAAGCAAGAAGCAAACUGUGGCCCAAAGCGCAAAUAGAAUUUUUGUAUCUAACGGAGCUCAAGGAGGUAUUGAUCGAUUCAGUGAGGCUUCAGGUAUGGGAAGUGAACUGGAUGAGGCAGACCAUGAAGUUAAGUGGCUUACUGACUCUGCAUUCAAGAGUUUAUCUUCUCCUCAAGAUGAAUAUUUUGACAUUUAUAACUCUAGUUAUAGAUCUUCUACCAAUAUGUCUCUACCUUCAACAGAAGACAGUGCUGCAGUGAACAUGGGAUCUGCUUACAUUGACAUUCAUGGGUAUGAUAGUGAUGAUGGCCAUAUUCCUGGAAGUAAAGAUUUUAUUGACAAGUACGAACUGGGAAAUUUUGAAUGUGUGGAUGUAGCUCUAGAAAGCCAAGAUGAUAUGAAAAAGACAUCCAAGAAGAGAACUGUGCCAAAGAGGCAGAUUCAGCUCAGAUGGCGUGAGCGAAGUGAACUGAAGGUAUUUACAUCUCGUGAUCAUUUAGAGGGCCAGUCUGUUUCUGAAAUGGCACAUUGUGAAAGACAUGGAAAGGACAGAUUACUACGACAACAUAGCACUCCAGCCGUCUUUCAGGAUCCUCCUGCCAAGGGGGCCGACAUAACAGAUGAAAGUGAAAAAAGAAAGAAACUGCAGAAAUCGGUGUCUUUAGAUGAAACAUCUAGCAAAGCUAAAAUGGCAUCGUGUCUAAUUAAAAAUGUUUUAGCUAAGAAAAUGCAAUAUGAACAUAAGCUGAAACUGAUGCAUGGAUCUGUCAAAAGUACAGAAUUUCGGGUCUCAUCUAAUCCCCCCUCUGGAAGCGGAAACAGUUUGCCUGGUCCUAAAGUUCCAUUUAAAAGAAAUGGUUCAAGUGGAGAACUUCCAGAUGAGUCUUUUGCUUUUGGUGCAACAUCCAACAGCACUUUCUCUUCAGAUGAACGGCAGCAUAAUUGUAGCACAGCAAGCAAGCUUUCCUUGAUUGCAGAAAAUUCCAACAAGGUAGGCACAUUGAUAAAUUCUCAUACCUUUAAUGCAGAAACUAAAACUUGCAAUACAAUUGCUGUAAGUACUUUAGAUACUGAUAAAAGAGGAGAGUCUGGACAAGUACAUGUCAUAGAGCCAAAAGAAAAAGUGCAACUUUUUACGCCAUACAAUAACAGAAGUGAGCACUUUAAAGGAAAUGAAACUAAGCAUAAAACAGUAGCACCUCAUGCUGAGAAGAUACUGCAAGGUGCAAGGUUUGGAGAAAAUGAAAAUGAACAGAUUCCUGUCACUGUUUCAUAUUUAGGCAUUGGUAACCUACCAGAUCAGCUGGAAAGGGAUGAACAAGAUUUUAAAUGUGAAAUGAAAUCAGAAAGCGUCUUUAUGUCAAAAACUCCAGAUAUAACCUUGAGUUCCAGUCAUAAGAGCAAAAAGAUUAAUCCUGUGUGUGACGCUGUCCGAGUUCUCUCUCCACAGAAUGAAAGAAAAAGGUUUCCAGGAGAAAUUAAUGCCCACCUUUUAGCUCACAACUCUGUGACAGAGGACAUGCUUUUUCCAGAAACGGAAGGUUUGCAUCCAUUGAGUGAAGGGUGCAAUUCGAAAGUUAAAAGCAAGGCUCCCAUUCAUAAAGUGAGGGAUGUAAGAAAACUUGUGAAAAACACUUACAGCCUGUCCUUUAAAGCGCCAGCUGUUUCUCCUCAAGAAGACCUUGCUGCUGAAAAAACUGAGUACAGGAACUUGCACUUCUCAUCAUCUCCAGUGCUCAUUCAGUGCAAAGCAAUCAGCAGAAAUAGUAGCACUGAAUUGAACUCGGAGCCGUGCAGUGCACAGGGACCACCUCUGAGCAACUUGUCUGAAACCAAAGCUUUGAGCUCAAACAGUAAGGAUGAGUCGACAUCUUCUGUACAACUGGAUGACUCGGCUCAAAGUGAUAUUAACAGUCUGGGCUGUUUGAAGGAAAACAUCGAGUGCAACAGCUUGAGACUCAUGAAUGGAGGUGUUAAUACAGUAGAUGCCUCGGAUAGCGGAUCAGAGAACAUGUCAGGCUUUGAUAGUGCGGGCAGCCAAUGUGCAAAUGAUAAAGAAGGAAACUCCUUGCUUUCUGUAGAUGAUGAGGCACAGGAUGUCACUUUAACACAACCAAAUAAAAACAGCCAUUCAGUUUCAAUGCUCCUGAAAGAAAAAGGCUUUCAAGCAGAUAUAGGAGUAUGCGAAAUUCCCAAUGAUCCUAAUAAUUGCCCUCAAAAGCACGUGAACACCCUUGAGUUCUCUUUGCCCGUGUGUCGCACCAGAGCAAAUCACGCUUCCAGUGCCAAACAAAAACCAGCUAACAUAAGCACUCCUGUUGAAAUAAGUGUGAGCCAAGCUGCAGGACUGGAACCCCAAAACACAAAUGGCAAUUUGAACCAAGAGAAAUUGCUCAACACUCACGACAAAAAAGAUCAAUAUUCCUCACAGUUCUUAACAGUAUGCAGUAAUGGAACUGUUCAGCAUCCCCUGGCACCUUCAGAUGAUCCUCCUCAAUAUGAAGAAAGACCAAGAAAUAGACUGCAGAUGUUGCCUUGUGAUGUGCACAAGACCACUACAACAGCACCACACCUGUAUUCUACAGAUUCCUAUCCAACACCCCCACCGCCAUUCAGUCCAGCAUUUGAAGCAGCUCCACCUGGACAAGAACAACACAAACCUCUGCCAUCACAAAUCCCACCUAAUCUCCACAAUGAAUCCCCAAACUACCAACCCAUUCUUCAUCCUGCACAGGCAAGCUCACUUCCUGUUCAGGCCACCUUUGCAAAUAACACUCGAAAGCCGUCCUUUCCGAGCUGUGAAGAUCAGCCUUUCAUGAAAGCCAAUGAGGGUUUUGCCUGGAAGAGAUUGCCGUGUUUGUCCCAAAGUUCUGUUGGCAGCCAAAUAGACCCUUCAAAGAUUGGACAAGAAACAAGGCCGAAUUUUGCAUGCAGUCCAAUAGGUUUCCCUUCCCCAUAUCCAGUGGAACGGGUCAAUGAAAACUUUCACCUUGCUGAAAACAUGCUAGGCUCCAACAUAGCAGGAUUUCAGUAUCCGCAAACUCCCAGGAAAGUUUUAUUUGAUCCAGAAACUGGAAAAUAUUUUUACAUUGAAGUUCCCGUUCCACCCCAAAGAAAAAUGCUUUAUGACCCUGAAACCGGGCAGUAUGUGGAGGUAAUCGUACCUCAGCGCCCUUUAAGCCAGAGUGGACUGUAUCCCACAGCAACCUCUCCUUAUUCUUCCGUUGCACAUCCUAGCAUGUAUGGUGCUCCUCUCCUGUCUUACGCCGGAUUGCCAAUGCCUGCCCACCCAAGGUUCCCUGAUUUGCCAGACCAGCCUUGCACCCAGUUUAGCAGUGAAGCUAACCAGACACUAAAGCCAGAGGUGCAUAGCAUUCAGCCUGUGGACUCCAGCUAUCUUGAGAGCAUGUACUACAUUCCAACCGGAAUGACAGAAAGCCCAGCCACACUUCAGCCGGCAUUUUAUCAGAAGCAUUCUGGAUCGGCAGAGGAAGGGGAGCGUGCUGGGAAUGGCCUGCCUGUUCAUUAGAGUCCAGUGCUACUUUUACUGCAUGUUGCCAUCAUUGGAAAGGGGAACAUUUUCCCAUAUAAGGUGUGCUACCUUUUUUUAAUACAUUUUUAAUUUUUAUUUUUUUUUUUGUGUAAUUAAAAUUUGGUAUUAUUGUUGUAAUACCAAAAAAAUGUGGUGUUAUUUUUAAAGCAUUUAACUUGCUACCCCUGGUUUAGAAAUUUAAGCACUUUGCCUACACAACAUAGGAGAAAUAUUUCUAGUCAUUUUACAUUUUGUUCAGUCGACUUAUUUGUCAGUGUAAUUUUAUAUUAAAAAUGCACACCUUGGGGGGGGAAAAAGAAUAAGCUCACUUUGUCUCAAGUGCUAUGAGAUUUUCUGUGGAUCUGGCCAAGGAAGACGCGGCCCCAGAGCUCCUUCUCAAUGCCACUGAGAAAAUGAAAAUCCUUUUCUGUUUGUUUGUCUUUGACUGUGUGCUCUUACUACACCUGCAUGUGGAAGUGAGUUAGUGCUAGAGCACCACUGCUGACUUUUUACUUGAGUUUGUUUUUUUUAAUUUUUAUUAAUAAUGCACAUCUUCUUAAUUCUUAAUACCUAUGAGUAGUGAGAAAAGAGCUACAGUAUAUACAUGUAAAGAAUUAUUAUUAUGUAUGCGCAAUGAAAUGGCCACCAGGUACAAAUUGCCCAGAUCUUUAAAAUGGGAUUGUUUUACUGUAUGCAAAGUAUUUGUCAGUUUUGUUCCCAUGGGUCACACUUCCUGCUCCAUCAUAUGAUAUUUGCACUUUAAGCCUUUUUUAUUUGAUUAGAGGAGCAUAUUGUGAAGAUCUUACAUACUUUAAAUAUUUUCAAACUGCCUGGAAAUGUGCAUGGAGAUAAGAUAAGAAGGAAUAUCUGGGGGGAAAAAUGUGUAAUUGGUUAAGUAAUGUUAACUUUAAGUGAAGGAAGGUUUAGGAACAUUUGAGGGAACGCCGUAAGUUUUAUGUUGUGGAGAAAAAAGUCAAAGGUGACAUGUAUGUGUAAGUAUUGAAAAAGGUACAGUUUAUAAAGUGAAAUAUUCCAUCUCCAUAAAUGAGAAGAUGUUACUCUAAUAAUGCUAAGGUAAGGGCGCUACGUUGAGCUGCUUAAUGUAUGUGUUUCAUGUUUGGGAUUUCUUUUUUGCAUCUUUAUUCAUUUCCUGUCUAUUCAUUUGUAAGAAGAAUUGUGGGAUUUUGGACAGAAACGCAAUCCAGAGCUAAAUCUCAGUCUUGUAAUUGUUCACUUUUCUAGUAAGCUGCGUCAUGUACCGCAUAAACUACAUGAUGGCUCUUGGAUCAGAUAGGUGAUGACUUUAACUGAUUUCUUAUAAUAAUUUGUUUGCAUUAUUUUUUAAAAGCAGACUUAAAAAAGAUGAGGUGAGUGUACAUUGUCAUAUGCAGCCUCUAUAAGACAGCAAAUCCAGCCAAUGUGUUUGAACAAAAUUGAAUACAGAGAUGUGUCGGAGUUUUUAUUCUUAACUGGCUACUGGUUAGAUGACAUGUCACGGUUUACGUUUGGCUGCCCUCAUUUUAACUUAACAAGCAAACCAAAGAUUAAAAAAAAUGAUGAAAGUAGGCACUCCGCUUGAUGUCUGUUCAUUGAUUUUUCAAGCAUUUGUCACAUAUGCGCUUACACAAGGUACACUUCAUCAAUACAUUUAGAACGCUGAGUUAGCCAAGUGUAUGUUCAGUGCAAAUAAUCAAUCCGGGGUUUCCAGGUUUAGUCCUGGGGGGCCACAGUGGCUGCACACUUUGGUUCUCGCUCAGUUCCUUAAUUAGAAGCCAAGUAACGUUUUUGUGCUUCAUUUUAGUGAAUUUGAUUGUUUACGAUUCCCACCCCUAAAUGACUUCUUUAAAUCUUAAGCAGGUAUAAAUUAUUUCACAGCUCACCCGCUGGCUCUCUGCUCCCAGCUACAUCUGUCUGUUCAUCAUGAAGUAUCGGUUUUAAUAAAGAAAUAAAAGGGAAAACGGUAUAGGAACAGACCAUUAAAGGUUUUGGUCAAAGUCUUGAGUAUCAAAAUGACCUGAAGUUGCAGAAUGAAAGCCAUUGAAUUGUUUAUCAGCAGUGAUAAAAUUAUUAAGAAACUGGGAUGAAGACAAAAGCCACAGCUGCUGUCCCCAACCCUGAUCAAACCUGAGGACCCCUGGUGCAAAUGUCAUCUUUUCUUCUUUAUUUUCCUAGACUGUGAAUGUCACUGUUCUUAAAUGUUAUUUCAUGUUAAGUAAAGUAAACCCUGUUCGUGUGACAAAUCAUUUUCUUUGCAAAUUGUGUUAGAGGGAGCAAGUAGAGACUAUAAUGAAUAUCAAAAUUCAAAACUGAAAGGAAAAUAGCCUAAGAGGAGCUGUUCUGCUCACACAAAAAGAAGUCCAACAAUGAUCCUGCUGUAGCUACUGCCAUUAAAAUGAGUCAGAAGUCAUGGCCAUUUUCUGUGAGCCCCCAGAUUUGACCCUGCACUCUGACCUCCAAAGGUCAUGCAAAAACAGUUUCCCCUCAGGGAUUAUUACAGUGUACCAAAUACCAAAAAAAAAAAAUUAACCGAGUGAUGAUUUACACUUUGCCUCCCUCUCAGACAAUGGCAACUCAGUUUUAAGAUUGCAGGAGCUCAUGCAUGGGACAGGACACGCAACUGCUGGGCUAUUUUCUUUUAAAUUAAUCCUUUAGUACAACUUGAAUUUACUUUUUAAGCUUCCUUUACAAAACAGACCUGCUGCUGUUCAUGUAAACUGUAUUAAAUGAGCUUAAUGUAUGACCUCUUGUGAAUGAAAAUGUCCAUCUUUAUUUAAAUAAUGACAACAGUAAUAUAACUGAAGACCAUUAAAACACAUUGUGCACUUUC